UUUUGUUUUCUUCAUACCCAUUUCAGUUCAUGCAGAUUCUUGCACCAAAAAUAGCUGUUUGGUGCUCUAAAUCAUCCAAUAAGAACAGAAAAUGGAAGAUCCAACAAUGGAGAAAUGGUUAUUCGUACCUCAAUGCUCUGUUUUUGGCUCAUCUUUUGGCUUUGUCUCUUCAAUCUGUCACCGGCCAGAUGUGGGAUGGAGUGGCUGUUACACAAGGAGAUUUUCAAGCUCUUCAAGCUAUAAAGCAUGAACUUAUUGAUGUGAAAGGAGCUUUACAUAGCUGGAAUGGCAGUAAUGGAGCUUGUUCCGGACAGUGGGCAGGAAUCAAGUGUGUGAAGGGACAAGUCAUUGUCAUACAGCUUCCAUGGAAGGAACUCGCCGGCAGGAUUUCCGACAGAAUUGGGCAGCUCCGGGAACUUCGGAAGCUCAGCCUUCAUGAUAAUGCGAUCUCCGGCACCAUUCCUCGGUCGGUCGGGUACCUUCCGAAUCUCAGAGGAAUUUAUCUUUUCAACAACAGAUUUUCAGGGUCUAUUCCUCCUACAAUUGGUAAUCUUCCCCUUCUUCAAACUCUUGAUUUGAGCAACAAUUUCCUCACUGGAGAAAUUCCUUCUAGUCUUGCAAAUUCAACCAAAUUGAUUAGAGUUAAUCUGAGCUACAAUUCAUUGUCGGGAUCCAUACCUCGAAGUUUUACGCAGUCGUUUUCUCUUGUAAUUCUUGCCCUUCAGCACAAUAAUGUUUCUGGGAUUGUCCCAGAUUCUUGGGGUGGGUUUGGAAACAGAACUUGUCCACUUGGGGUUUUAACGCUUGAUCAUAAUGUUAUAUCUGGAACAAUUCCACCUUCUUUGACCAAAUUGGAAUGGCUUCAAGAGAUUUCUUUCAGUGAAAAUAACAUCUCUGGGGUUAUACCAGUCGAAAUCGGCAGGCUGAAGAGGCUUCGCCGGUUGGAUUUGUCGAAGAACGCCAUCAAUGGUGGCUUCCCUUCAAGUUUCACCAAUCUGUCCUCUCUUGAGUCAUUGAAUGUUGAAAACAAUCGCCUUGAAAGCCAGAUUCCUAGAGAUAUUGAUAGAUUGCAGAAUCUCUCAGUGAUUAAGCUUGGGAAGAACCGUUUUAAUGGGGAGAUUCCUGCAAGUUUAGGGAACAUUUCUGCUAUUAAACAUCUUGAUUUCUCAGAAAAUAACUUCAUGGGACAGAUUCCACCAUCAUUGACUAAUUUGUUGAAUCUAACAUCUUUCAAUGUCUCCUACAACAAUCUCUCUGGUCCUGUCCCAAUUCUCCUGUCUAAUAAGUUCAAUGCGAGCUCUUUUGUUGGGAACCUUAAACUCUGUGGCUUUAGUUCUUCAACUCCAUGUCUACCUGCAUCCUCCCCACAGAAUAUUACAAACCCAUCAACCGAUGUCCCGAAACUGCAUCGCCACCGCAAACUAAGUGUAAAGGACAUAAUUCUGAUAGCGGCCGGAGCUCUGUUGGUGCUUCUACUUGUUCUUUGCUCGAUUUUGCUCUGUUGUUUGUUGUCAAAAAGAGCUGCUUCCAAAAAGAAUGACAACAUAACAGCCAAACAAGCUGCUGUGAGGAGCGUCGAGAAAGGCAGUACUGAAGUAGGGGCGAGCGAAGCUGGUGGAAAGCUAGUUCAUUUUGAUGGGCCAUUUGUUUUCACUGCCGAUGAUCUUCUGUGUGCAACUGCGGAGAUUAUGGGCAAGAGCACAUAUGGAACAGCAUACAAAGCAACAUUAGAAGAUGGUAAUGAAGUAGCAGUGAAAAGAUUAAGGGAAAAGACAACAAAAGGGCAGAAUGAAUUCGAAACUGAAGUUGCGGGACUCGGAAAAAUUCGACACCCGAAUCUACUUGCUCUUACAGCAUACUACUUGGGCCCCAAAGGAGAGAAGCUUCUUGUCUUUGAAUACAUGCCUAGAGGAAGCCUCUCUUCCUUUCUUCAUGCUCGCGGGCCGGAAACGACAGUCGAUUGGGCAACGAGGAUGAAGAUAGUGAUCGGAAUUACGCAAGGCUUAAACUAUCUCCACACAGAGGAGAAUCUAAUUCAUGGAAACCUCACAUCCAGCAACAUUUUGUUGGAUGAUCAAACCAAUGCUCGUAUAGCGGAUUUUGGGCUUCCUAAGCUCAUGACUUCAGCUGCAGCCACAAAUGUGAUUGCCACUGCAGGAACACAGGGCUACAAUGCACCAGAGCUAACAAAAACAAAGAAACCGACAGCAAAGACAGAUGUUUACAGCCUUGGAGUCAUAAUAUUGGAACUCUUGACAGGAAAAUCACCUGGAGAAGCCAUGGAUGGAAUGGAUUUACCUCAGUGGGUGGCCUCAAAAGUGAAGGAGGAGUGGACAAAUGAAGUGUUUGAUUUGGAGCUGAUGAAAGACACACCCAAUAUUGGCGAUGAACUGCUGAACACUUUAAAACUAGCCCUGCAUUGUGUCGAUCCCUCACCAGCUGCUCGGCCCGACGUACCGCAAAUUCUCCAGCAACUGGAGGAAAUUAAGGCGGCUUCUACAUCUGGUGAUGAUGGCGCCAAAGAUCAACCAGCAAAUGAAUAGAGCUGUAUCAGCAAGAUAUAGAUUACCAACAAACAAGAUCAAGCUCAGAAGAUAUGUAUUCUUUUAUUUUUUUGGUCAAUUAGUACUCGAAUUAUUCUUUUAUUCAUAUUGAUUAUCAAUGUAGGUGUAUGUAUACUAUCGAUGUUACACGAGUAUAAUGCGAAUCUUCAGUAUAAUUGCGAGUUUCUGU